CAUGCAGCUCCUCCGCGACAACCUGACCCUCUGGACGUCGUCCGACAGCGCCGAGGCCGAUGCCGCCGGCGCCGCCGAUGCCCCCAAGAAGGAGGAGGGCGAGGCCGACAAGCCUGCCGAGCAGGAGGCUCCCAAGGAGGAGCCCGCGCCCGCGGCCGCCUCUUAAUCUUCUUCCAUCCCAUCCCCGAUACCACCUGCAUCUCGGCAAACUGGAACCGAGAUGCGCUCUCGCCCCGGCUAACUCUUGUCUGCCCCCGGACACACGGAUAGCUGGGCCUGUCUUGGGCGGACUGGCUGAUAGUACGAGGCUUUUUUCGCGCAGUGCGUUGCUUUUCAUGGCAAGGGAGAGGGAGGAUCAUGGGUUUGGCUCAGGCAAGGGAAAGUGCACGGCAUGGAUUCUUCUCCGUCUUGUUCCUCCGAUGGACUCGGAAAGCGGCCGCCCCGCUCGGUGACGGCUUCUACCUGACAGAUAAAUCGCAAAGCUCCCCCUCCGUCCAUUGCCUCCUUACCUACAUAGUGUUUCUCUUUCCCCCUGGGUACUGCCAUCGAGAUCAAGUCACUGGUGGCCCCCUAUUCUUGAUGGAUCACUAUGGAAAUGCUGUUUCAUUUUACCCCGUUUUCCUGUCCCCCCCUUUGAUGUUAUUUUUUAUCUCGUCUUUUGCUGUCGGCUCGUUUUUUACCCCCGGAGAAGAGACAAGGAGCUGUGUUUUUAUGUUUUAUGUUUUUCCCGCGAAACCCCAAAUCCAAAUUCCCGAAUUCCCCCACACAAAGUUCAAGUCCUACGAAUUUUACACGGCACGUCGAACGGAAAAGGAAUGGCGAUAUGGUUUCCGUUGUUGUUGAUCCGAUACAACCUUUCUCUGGCCUCUGCGCGAUGGCCAUGUCCAGUUUCGUCUUUUAAGAGGCGGACUUCGGUCGGGCUACAAGGCGCGGUCGAGUCAACAUUUGCGGCUCUCCUAACAUACGAUGUCUCGCAGAACAAGACUGCUCUGUCUUGUCUCAGGCGAGACUUGGUGUUCUAGGCUGAGGUCACUUGCGGACUAGGGGACUGGCUCGCGUUGAGACGGAGUUGGGGAGGGUUGAGAAAACGGAGCGAUUUCGUCACGAGUGCUCAGUGUCUAUUUGUAAAGACGUCGAUUAAUGAACAAUAAAUGCUAU